AUGACCGUCAGUGAACCGGAAUUUCGUCGAGCGCUCUCUGAUUUCGUAUUCAAAAUCGACCAAUUUGGAAAGAUUGAACGAUGGACGCUGCAUAAGUCCGAACUCGGAAUUUGCGCCAAGCAAUCCGUUAUGGUGAGAUUUCGAGGUGAAGCAGUGAAUCGACAAGUACACAUCACAUACAAUUCCACCUACAAUGUUCCAGUACUAUGGUUCAAUUUCUAUCGACGUGAUGGAACACCACUCAGCACAUCAGAAGUACUGGAAAUGGCAAACAAUGAAGACUCGAUGGAAAUUACCCAAUACAUAUCAUUGAAUGAGCAUCCAAUACUUGGAGUACUCUUCUACAAUGUUCACCCGUGCAAAACAAAGGACAUUAUGAAUGAGCUCACCGGAAAAGGCAACUACAUAGCUAAAAAAUACACAGAGAUAUAUCACACUAGAAGAGAAGAAGAACAAGUACAUAUAAAUAAGAUUCACAAUAGCGAAGAAGAGAAACUUAAAGAACGCCUUCUGAAAGGUUUUCCGCUAACGAAAUAUCUAGAAGUUUCAUAG